AUGCGAACAACAUUACCGCCCGCCAUCGAGUUUGCGACAGUUCCAAUCUCGGCAAUCCUGCUUCAUACUGGGGAUUGGUCGAAAUGCUGCUACGUCGUGUUUGCAAUCGUAUUUUGCCCAGCCAGUCAGCUUUACUUGGACCCAUAUAUCCCCAGAAUGAGGAGAAUUAAGCCAGCCGCAGCCUAUGUCAAGAUUGCCACGCAGAUCACAGAUCCAAAAAAUAACUUUAGUACCGCUAGGAAAGCUUUUGGAUCGUUAACCUAUUCCGCUGACACGCUAAGGAAGCCAAGCAGCAAGCCUAAAUUCCAUGGCUUGCGGCGAUGGGUCACCUUAUCUCUGAUUGGUCUGAAUGCUAUCAAGUUACAGACCGCCGGUGGAAUAUCGUGUGUCGCGGUUGGCCUUAAACAGGCUGUGUUGUUCAACGGCGAUCACGGAACCUCAGGCAGUGCCGAAGGGCUGUGUUGUAAAGGGUGUGAACAGCUUGAUUUGGGUAAAAGGGCCAUGCAAUUUGCAUCGCGGGAUGAGUAG